CUGCUGCUGCAGCACGAACCCACCAUCGCCACCAUCCUUUCCUGGGUGGCAAACAGGCCGGCCGGCUGGCUGGCAAGCUAGCUGGCCACCAGGCCGCUGGGACAGCCCUUCCUCCUCUUUUAUGACAGUGACAGUGUCCAAGACAGAUCCCUCCAUCGCUGACCUCCACCGUGGUCACUGUCCAGGCCACCAUGUCCCCUGCCAAGAGCAAGGUGGCUGCCUCUCAGCCCCCGCUGGUCUUCACAGCCCACGAGAUGGAGUGCAAGAUCUGCUAUGAGCGUUUUGAUGUCCGGACCCGCCGCCCGAAGCUGCUCAGCUGCCGCCACCGUGUCUGCACCCGGUGCCUGCGGAGGAUGGCGGAUGUGGAGGAGUCCCCUGCCCGCCUCAGCUGCCCUUUCUGCCGCCAGGAGACCCCUGUGCCCGAGAGAGACGUCGGGCGGCUGCUGGAUGAUGGGCAGGUGCUGGCCCUGCUGAGCGGCCGGGAAAGGGCCCGCAGGCCUGGGGGUCCCCCACUGUCCCCUGAAGUGCUCCUGUGCCCCAGCGUCCUGGAGCCCCUGGCGGACGGGCGCCACAGCUCCUCAUCGGACUGCCUGGUCAUCACCCUCCUGGAGAUGCCCGAGGACCUGGCCGCCCCCGAAGGGGUCGGAGUGCUGGAGGUGAUGCGGCUCUACCGGCCGCCGAGCCUGGGCUCCCUACCCUGCUACCUGCCACUGGGCAAGUGCCGGCCUUGUGGCUCGUGCCGUGACCUGCCCCGGUUCCUGCUGGCCGUCCUCUGCCUGGCCUACCUGAGCUCCCUGCCCUUCGGCAUCUACCUCCUCCUAGAGGGGCACCUCAACCUGGGCAUCGUCCUGGUCAGCCUGGUGCCCUCCACCCUCAUCCUCUGCCUCUUCUACAGCCUCUGCCAGUGCCUCUGCCAUGAGAUCUUAGACUUGCCCUCCUGAGGCACAGACUGGCACAGAUUGGGCAUGCGGAGAGCCUGGACCCCCGAGACACAGUGCACCCUCCUGGGCCCCGGGCCAAUGGUUUUACCCCCCACCUGGACCACUUUUGCCUCCAGCUGCCCCCAACGCAAACAGAGGUACCUGGAAGACGUGGUGGUCCCUUGCAAAUGAGAGACCCCUCUGAGGGGUGGCAGAGGAUCAGGACCUGGGUGUUCCAUGAGCCACACAACUUCACACAGACACACCCGGAGUAUUCAGCUGUGGCAACUGUAGAGCUGCUUUUUCAUAUAUGAACAAGGAAUCCACAAUGGAACAACAAGGGACCCCCAAACGCCUGGUUCCUAGCAACCUAUAAGUAAUUAGAGCCAUUUGCCAGGGUCAGCUUAUGUUUUCCUUUGCAAUGGGGGGGCAGUGCAUCAUUCCACAUUUGGAUGCUCACAGAUUUGUGUCUUUGGUGCUACCCGUCUCAUGCGACACAUAACCAGACCCUGAAACCAUGUUCACAGGAAACAAGAGAAGAGUCUCAGGGCAGACAAAGCACAUUUUAGGUGGUUGAAAAGGACAAUUGGCCAAGAAGGGAAGCGCUCUCUCAAUGGCUAGCCGUCACAAAAUGAAACUGACCCUUUGGGUGUCCAGGUGAGGCCUUUGACCUUCCCUGGUCCUCACGCUCUACUUCUCUGGAGGCUUUUGGCUGACCACGGCUGGAGAGAGGAAAGGAGGCCUCAGGGACCCAGCUGGCUCUUUCUUUCCCGGCUGCAGGGCUUCUCUUGUGGGAGAAGAGAAGGAACUCUGCCCAAAUUAAAGAG